GAUGACAUAGCAGCUUCAGAGAACAGCGUGACUAGGGCUUUUUUUUUUUCCCUCUUGUAACAGAGGAUCUGGCAGACUUUUACCUCCUGACACUGUUUAGAGCAUAUAUUGGUCGAUACAGCCUCUUAUUGCAUCUGCUCUGGGAAUUAAGGAAAGCAGCUUCAAGGCAGUAAGAGACAAGACACAUUGGAAAGAUGAUCUUAAACUCCCUACUUGUCUUUCUGUUAUUGAUUAGUGGCAUUUUUUGCCAAUAUGACUAUGGUCCUGCAGAUGAUUAUGGUUAUGAUCGCUAUGGGCCAUCUGCAGGAGUCUGUGCCCCAGAAUGUAAUUGUCCUUUAAGCUACCCUUCUGCCAUGUAUUGUGACAACCUUAAGCUGAAAACCAUUCCAAUUGUACCAAGUGGAAUAAAAUACCUUUAUCUUCGAAACAAUAUGAUUGAGGGAAUUGAAGAGAACACGUUUGAUAAUGUGACAGACCUACAGUGGCUGAUCCUAGAUCACAACCAUUUGGAAAAUUCAAAAAUUAAGGGAAGAGUCUUCUCUAAACUAAAGCAUCUGAAGAAACUUCACAUUAACUACAACAAUUUGACUGAAGCUGUUGGACCACUCCCCAAAACUCUAGAUGACCUGCAAUUAAGUCACAACAAGAUCACAAAAGUCAGUCCUGGUGCACUUGAGGGGCUGAUGAAUCUGACUGUCAUUCAUCUUCAGAACAACCAGCUAAAAGAAGAUUCUAUUUCAGGGGCUUUUAAAGGCCUGAAUUCACUUUUGUAUCUUGACUUAAGCUUCAAUCAACUUACAAAGCUACCAACAGGACUGCCUCACUCCUUACUCAUGCUGUAUUUUGAUAAUAACCAGAUUUCCAAUAUUCCUGAUGAGUACUUCCAAGGUUUUAAAACCCUGCAAUAUUUACGUUUAUCCCACAAUAAAUUAACAGAUUCUGGAAUACCAGGUAAUGUCUUCAAUAUCACAUCACUGGUUGAGCUGGAUCUCUCCUUCAAUCAGCUGAAAAGCAUUCCAAUCGUCAGUGAGAACCUUGAAAACUUCUACCUCCAAGUCAACAAAAUUAACAAGUUCCCCUUGAGCAGCUUCUGUAAGGUAGUUGGACCAACAACCUAUUCCAAGAUCACACAUUUGCGUCUGGAUGGAAACAAUCUCACUCGGGCUGACCUGCCACAGGAGAUGUACAACUGCCUUCGGGUGGCUGCUGAGAUUUCACUGGACUGAGAUACCUGGGAGCAUCCAAUUCCCUUCUAGGGGCAGUAACUACAUCAUGAUAGUGCUUUAAAAUUAGGAUAUGCCUUAAAACAAACUGCGUAUUAUCCAUUCUGGUUUUAGUAUUUAGCAUGCCCUUGACAACCUUGAGGAAAUGUGUGCGUAUUUUUACAAAUGGCUGUAUACAGAAAGCACAAGAAUGACCAAAUUUGGUGUAAAUUAUGCCUUCAUCUGGCUAGAUGGGUUGACGAAAAACAGUCAACUUCAUAGAAACUUAAGUCUAUGCAUGCUGUACAUGCCAGUUGGUUCCAGACUUGCAUGGCAGUCGGGUGGGUUUCAUCGUGGGUUUCAUCAUGGGUUACACUAAGCAGUAUGGGCUGCCCUGUGUAAAUACAAGACUUCUCUCCAACUUUCUUAAUCUUUAUAUUAUUAUCAAUGACAAAGGAAAAAUGAUUUCACAAGCUAUGAACAACUUAAAAUAUAUGAAAAUAUAUUUUCAGAGCCUAUGGCAUUAUUAAAUUAAUGGAAUAUGUGAAAGAUAAGGAAAAAAAACACUUUUCAGGUUAAAAAUUGUUUACUCUUCUUUUUGUCAUAGUUUCAUUUAACUUUCAUGGUAAGAUUUUUAUCCAUUGCUCGUAUAAUUGUUAUUUCAAAAGAAAUCAUAUAUACAAAUAUUUUUAUUCAAUUACUUGCAUGCUACAUUUAACCAGAUUGUAGAAAAUAAAACAUAUCAAAUAGU